UAGUACACAGGUUGUUGCUCUUCCACCGUUGCGGCCACCCUUCACCUUCAAUCUCCUCCAGUCUCGCCUCGUACGCUUUAUGUGGAGGAAGACCGCGAAAUGAGGAGAACCAGUGGAAGGGGGAGUGGCCUUUGAACGGGCGGUUGGAGGUCCAAGUUGCCGAUCUCAGCUUGCUAUCCCCCUCCUCGUUCCACCCCUCUAUAUAACCAGCUCGAGGUCAUCCCGCAAAGAUCGAAGCUCUCCCCGGUUGGCCUUCUGGUCUGUAGCUAAUAGAAGCAGAGAGAAAGAGAGAGUUUGUUAACAGAGGAAGAAAGAUGUCGCGAGCCGUCGUCGUCGUGUUCAUCGCCGUCUUAUCGCUCCUGGGAACCUCGGCCGUCCUCGCCGAGGACCCUUAUCUCUUCUUCACGUGGAACGUCACCUACGGCACCGUGUCUCCCUUGGGCGUCCCUCAGCAGGUCAUCCUCAUCAAUGGCGAGUUCCCCGGCCCUAAUAUCAACUCCACCUCCAACAACAAUCUUGUCAUCAACGUCUUCAACAACCUCGAUGAGCCGUUUCUUUUCUCAUGGAAUGGGAUUCAACAGAGGAAGAAUUCGUGGCAAGAUGGAGUCUCCGGUACCAGUUGCCCCAUCGCUCCCGGCCAAAACUUCACCUACCACUUCCAGGUGAAGGACCAGAUCGGCAGCUUCUACUACUACCCAUCCUUGGCCAUGCACAAGGCGGCCGGCGGCUUUGGCGGCCUCCGGAUCAACAGCCGUCUCCUCAUCCCGGUGCCGUUCGACCCCCCGGCCGACGACUACACCGUCAUGAUCGGUGACUGGUACACCAAGGACCACAAGACACUUGCUCGGAUCCUCGACACGGGCCGCAGCAUCGGCCUCCCCGCCGGCGUCCUCAUCAAUGGCAAGGCCGGCAAGGACGACGAGCCGCUAUUCGUGAUGGAGGCCGGAAAGGUGUACCGCUACCGCGUCUGCAACAUUGGGACCAAGACCUCCCUCAACUUCCGCAUCCAGGGACAUUCCAUGUUGCUGGUGGAGAUGGACGGCUCUCACACCAUGCAGAACACGUACGAGUCCCUCGACAUCCACGUCGGCCAGUGCUUCUCCGUCCUCGUCACCGCCAACCAGGCCCCCGGGGACUACUACAUGGUGGCCUCCACUCGGUUCUUGAGGAAGGAGCUCACCGCCACCGGCGUGAUCCGCUACUCAGGCUCCCACACCCUGCCAUCGCCCGUCCUUCCCAAGGCCCCCUCCGGCUGGGCGUGGUCGCUUAACCAGUGGCGGUCGUUCCGGUGGAACCUCACGGCCAGCGCCGCCCGGCCGAACCCCCAGGGGUCCUACCACUACGGCAGUAUCGACAUCACCCGCACCAUCAAGCUCGCCAGCUCGCGCGCCAUCAUCGCUGGCAAGAACCGGUACACGCUCAACGGCGUGUCGCACGUGGAGGCCGACACCCCGCUGAAGCUCGCAGAGUACUUUGGCAUCGGCGGCAAAUCCUUCAAGUACAACCUGACCAGCGACGAGCCCCCAUCGGGCGGAGCUCCGGCCAUCCUGGCCACCAACGUCAUCACGAUCGAGUUCAGGACCUUCGUGGAGAUCAUCUUCGAGAACCCUGAGAAGAAUGUGCAGUCCUACCACUUGAACGGCUACUCCUUCUUCCUCGUGGGAAUGGGGCCAGGCAAAUGGACGCCGGAGAGCAGGAAGACCUACAACCUUCUCGACGCGGUGAGCAGGCACGCGGUGCAGGUCUACCCCAAGUCGUGGGCGGCCAUCAUGCUGACGUUCGACAACGCCGGGAUGUGGAACCUCAGGUCGGAGCUGUGGGAGAGGCGCUACCUGGGCCAGCAGCUCUACAUCAGCGUCCAGUCGCCGGCGCGGUCACUCAGGGAUGAGUACAACCUGCCCGACACGGCUUUGCUCUGCGGAGCGGUCGAAGGGCUCCCCAAGCCCGCUCCGUAUACUUAAGAAGCGCCAUAGAUUGGUGCCUAUGAUUGAUCGCGUGGUGAGAGCGUGAGAAGCUUAAAUUGAUCAUCCUCGUGUACGUUAUGAAAUAUUCUCUUCUCUCGAUCUUAA